CAAACCCAGAACCCUCCCGUCCGGAUAAAAUUCUCACUAGCCGUUCGAUCUCAACUCCCUCCUCUCUCCAUAGCCAAAACGCAGAUAGAGUAUAGUUUUCUGGUGCUCUGCGAAUCCUUCAAUCUCAAUGGUUUUCGCGCGAAUCUGAUGACUUUAAUAUUGAGUACUUAAAAUGGACGGUCUCGCGCUUACUACCUCCUUCUCCAUCAAUCGCUCCCAUGUCGCCUCUUUCUCUUCCAGAAGAAUCUUCUUCUCUCGUAACCCUAAGCUUCGGGUUUUUGCCUCCAAAGACGAUCCUAAGUUCGAUAAAUGGGACCAAAUGGAGCUCAAGUUCGGUCGUUUGCUCGGUGAAGACCCCAAGCUAACCCUAGCCAAGAUAAUGGGUAGGAAAUCAAAUCCUGAUGUCACUCCUCUCGAAAUUGAGAAAAAAUUUCACAAGAAACAAGGUAAAUUAGCUGAUGCAGAAGUACCGGACAUUGUGUUUGAUGGGUCUGAACAAGGGGGGUCGCCCAAUUCUUUGAGUGGAUUGAAUUUGGUGCGGCCUGUUCCAAAGAAAGGAAUCAAGUUUGAGGGGGAUGAUAAAUUGAAUGAGAUGAAGAAGCCGAGUCAGCCAGCUGGGAAGGCAGUACAGAAUACUAAGAAUACUGUUCCUAAUGUUAUAUUGCGAAAACCGACUGUGUUUAAUGAAGAUGAUGUUGAUAGCAAGCCUUCCAGGUUGAGGAUGAAACCAAAUUUGUCUCUGAAAAUGAAGAAAGAAGCGAAGUUCAGUGACAUGACAUUAUUAAGAAAGCCUGAGAAAUUAAGUGCUGACGCAGAGAAUGAAACAAAGCAAGAGUCUUCUGAUGAUGCCAGAGCUAUAGCUACUGAUGAUACUGAAUUGAAAUUGCAAGAGGAAGGAACAGAUGAUAAAAUUAAUGAUGUCAUGCUGAUGAGAAAGCCUGAGCCUACAAUUAUCAGUGCAAACCUUGAUGAGAAACUAGAGCAUUCUGGUGAUGCAGAAGCAAAUAUUAGCAUUGGCAUUGAGGAGGGUAGUUCAUCAGGUUCAUCUGAAUAUACUGGAGCUGCUUAUUCCAUGAAUAAUGAUAUUGAGGAAUCUCCAGAAACUAGGGAUGAUUUAUUCUCAAUGGGACCUGAGCUAGUAGAUAACUCCAUAAUUGGAUUACAGCCACUUGAGCAUAGUGAUAUCAUUGAUAUGGGACCUGCUAAAGUGGAAACUUCUGCAAGUGAACCAUCAAAUUCAAAAUCAGUUGACCCGAAAGGCAAGUUGUCUAUGGAAGCUGCGCUGCAAGGAAAACCAAAGAGGUUAGAACAAUCUGUAAAAGAAAUGUCAAAUCUGAGUCAACCGGAAACAGUGCUUGCGAAUCCUGAGAGUUAUUGCAAUUCUGUUGAGCUUGAGAAUUUCCUUGCAACAUCAUCUUUGAAGGAACAUGAAGAUACAGACUGGUCAAGGGCAGAAGAUCUGGUUAAGACUGGAGGAAGGGAAGAAGUAGAGUUGAUAAGCUCUAGCACCAGAGGCUUUGUUGUAUCUUUUGGCUCUUUGAUAGGAUUUUUGCCAUAUCGUAAUCUUGCUGCUAAGUGGAAGUUCUUGGCCUUUGAGUCAUGGUUGAGAAGGAAAGGUUUAGACCCAUCAAUGUACAGGCAAAAUCUAGGUAUUGUGGGAAGUCAUGAAGUUGCGAACAAUCCUUCUCCUGAUGCAAACCCAGGUCCAGAAAUACAUAAACAGCUCGAGGGAGAAAUUUCACCGAAUAUGAACUUGGAGGAUCUUCUUAGGAUUUAUGACCAAGAGAAAAUCAAAUUCCUGUCAUCGUUUGUUGGUCAGAAAAUCAAUGUGAAUGUGGUAAUGGCUGAUAGAAAAGCUAGAAGACUAAUAUUCUCCGGGAGGCCAAAGGAAAAGGAAGAAAUGGUUGAGAAAAAGAAAAGUCUCAUGGCAAAACUUAGCAUUGGGGACAUUGUGAAAUGUCGCAUAAAAAAGAUUACUUACUUCGGUAUUUUUGUUGAGGUUGAAGGAGUACCUGCACUGGUUCACCAGACUGAAGUGUCAUGGGAUGCAACUCUGGAUCCUGCAUCAUAUUUCAAAAUUGGUCAGAUUGUUGAGGCAAAAGUCCACCAAUUGGAUUUUUCUCUUGAACGCAUUUUCUUAUCAUUAAAGGAGAUAACGCCAGAUCCACUAAUCGAGGCUUUGGAGUUUGUAGUUGGUGAUAAUCCCUUGGAUGGGAGAUUAGAAGCAGCACAAGCAGAUACUGAGUGGCCUGAUGUGGAAUCACUCAUCAAAGAACUGGAACAGAUUGAGGGGAUCCAGUCUGUAUCAAAAGGCCGAUUUUUCCUGAGCCCUGGUUUAGCUCCCACAUUUCAGGUUUACAUGGCAUCCAUGUUUGAGAAUCAAUACAAGUUACUUGCACGAUCUGGAAACAAAGUACAAGAGGUGAUAGUUGAAGCAUCCUUGGGUAAAGAAGACAUGAAAUCUGCAAUUCUAACCUGUACCAAUAGAGUGUAACAAUCAUAUAUUGUUCACUGGCUCAUGGAAAUGUUCUCUACACUCCUGGUUGACCAUUUUGAACCCGUCCUCCAUGUUGCGAACUUGGCACCACAGGCUCAACCAGGGCUAACCCCUCGAGAUACUUAUUUCCUUGGAUUGAUUUCUUUUCCUUGUUUACGCCGGUAACUUCAUACAAAUUCAUUCGUGCUGUUGCGGAAAAUAAUUUAAAUAUGAUGAUAUAUUGUAUUUAUUUAAUUGUUAGGGGCACAAUUGUACAAACAGUAGUAGAGUUGAUGAGCUAGCAAUUUGUGCCUAGCAUCUGAAAAAGGGUAAAUCAAUAUAUUGUAUUUAUUUGCGGCCUUCUUGGUUUGAGGCCUCUGAAAAAAUUGGCUGCUAUUAUUCAUUGGGGUAUGAGAAUUUCUGUUCAGGAUCA